AAUUAACCGCGAAUGAAUGAGACAGUAAAUGACGUGAGAUGUUGCUCCAGGCUACCGUCGAACGUGAUCACUGCGAAAAUGGCUGUGAUGUCGAAAAAAGAGUCAGAUGGUUGCAGAAAACUUUUAAAACUAUUAUCAGAGGACGACUUGUUGGCCCUGAACGAUACAGUGACUAACCGGUUAAUCACCGCAGCGAGUUCCAGUGAGGCAAUUGAAGCUAUUAUAGCCUACUCUCAGAGCGCCGAAGAGCUUCUCAAAAGAAAAAAGGUCCAUCGGGAUGUUAUAUUUAAAUACCUCGCCGCAGAAAAAGUUCAUCUAAAUCCAAACAGUGACAAACAUCACCUGGUAAAGACGACUCUUGAAUUAUGGACAUCCGUCAGCGAGAACACAGUAAAGGUCUCCAAGACAGGUUCUAUAGAGCAGAAUAGAGAUGGUUUAGGACAGCUAGAAGCUUUGGGGAAGCAGUUUUGUCAGUGGUUCUUCCAGCUUCUAAACUCCCAGAGCCCUCAGGCCGCUCAGCAAUGCGGUACGAUUCAAGACUGGGGUCCACAGCACUUCUGGAGUGAUGCCAGGAUGCUGCUUCUCUCGCAAGCCCAGGUUCAGCAGAAAGACGAGUUCCUUGGAGCUGAGCUGGUGAGCCAGCGGCUUUUAGCCCUCGUCUGGGAGGAGGGGUUGCUCUUCUGCCCUAACCUGGAGCAGACAGGUCUGAAGUGUGUGUCUUCACCUCAUGGGCUGGUGGUGGUGGCAGUUGCUGGCACCAUUCAUCGAGAAAACGAUUGCCUUGGAGUUUUUGAGCAAGUGUUCGGGCUGAUUCGUGCUCCUCAGGACGACAAUCGCUGGAAGAUCAAAGCUGUUCACUUGAAAGUAAAGGGACACAUUGUUAAAGGGACAUUGCCAGCAGUGACCUAUGAUUCAGAAGAGCUGCUGCAGUUGUUCACUAAGUAAAACUGUUUAUGUUGGACUUUUUACACUGAAAAAAAAAGCACUUUAAAUGAUUGUACAUAUUUUAUCAUGGUUAACUUCUUUUAGUUUUCACUGUUUACAUACAGUGUGACAUUUUAAGAAUUCUGUUUAAAGAAAAACAUACAUUAAGACAGGUGUAAGGGUAAAGGGGCUAUGCAAAUUGGUUACCAGUUUCUGUUUAUCUUUGUGCUGUGAAACGUAUAAUCUGUCCCAUAUUUUCAGUCAUAGAGUUAAUCCAUACAGCAUAUAAUCAUCAAAGAUGCCUGAUGAUUAAAAUGCCUUUGGUGGUUGUAAAUGAUUUGCUUCAGGUUGCUAACCAGUGCUUGAAAUUUAGUGGCUUACUGAUUCAGUAUCUGUUCUUUGUCCACUCUUUAAAGACUAAAAUAACUUCAUUCAGAAUGGACAGGCCUUUGGCUUUCAUUUUGAGGCUUUUCAAUAAAAACACAGUAUUUGUUAAAACUUGUC